AGAACUGAUGGGGAAAGUAUAGUAGCUGGGAACCGGAAGAUGGCAGUAGUGCAACUAAAAGGAUGCAAGCUGCCGUAAAACACCACAGAAGAAGAAGAAGAAGACUGACGUCACUAACAUGCGCCUGUCGUCGCGUCAUACUACGUGGCUUCGUGAAAGUGGAAUCGGAGGCUGUCGCGGUUGUCUUUCCCUAACACCUCAUAGAUUCUCUGGAUCGUCGUUCCUUAAACCCGUGACGUUUCCAUAGAGGUUAAAAUGUUAGGAGGUAAUUAUUUGGACUAUUCCACCGCAGCCUGGACCUCAAACGAUGGAGGAACAUAAUGGCCACGCCCAUUCCGGAAACGGGACAUCUGUGCCAACUUAAACCUUCGGUGGAGCGUCUAAUGCGACAUCUCUGCUCGACAGCAUCCCUGCUACUGUGUUGCCAGCGGAGGGGAAACACCGAAGACUGAGAAUGAGCGUCUCGCUUUUGCUUCUCGGACAUUGAAAGGACUCACAAGCGGUGUCGGUUGUCUGAUCAGCAUCAGCAGACACGACCCGCUGCUGCACCACGAUGACAUGAUGAAGGUGUUGCCUCUUGUGCUUUAUGUCACAUUACUUCUGGAUUCCGAGCUCAACGCCCUGCCUGCUCCGGUCAAUGCUAGUGUCCACUCGGUCAACUUCCACCAUGUCCUGCACUGGGAUCCUGGCCAUGGCACCCCAGCAGGAACCCAGUACAAGAUCAGCUGGAGGGUAACCGGGCACAGAAAGAAACAUCCAUCGUACUCCAAUAUGACGUCAUUGAAGCUGAACAUUCCAGACAACACAAUGACGUAUAUCCUGAUUGUCCAGGCGUCAUACAACAAGACUCUGUCUCAAGAAUCCAACAGAGUCCACUUCUACCCUUUGGCACAGACCAUAAUAGGUCCUCCGAAAGUCUCUUUGGUCGGAUGCGGCAACUGCAUCCACGUCAACAUCUCACUGCCUGAAGCUGACCGCAGCUCGGGAAUCAAAGAUAUCAAGAGCUUCUACCCCGGUUCUCAGUUCAGUGUCUAUUGGAAGAAACUUAACGGAGCAGUGGAGUCCGCCAUAACACCAAACAAGGCAUAUACUGUGAGAAACCUACAGAUUGGCACGGAGUACUGUGUCCAGGUGCACACAAAGAUUAAUGUCAACCAAAACGCUCGGCCAUCCGCUUGGACUUGCACAUUCACCAGCAGUGUGGAACCAAGCAGAGACCCUGUGUUUUUAGGUGCAGUUGCUGCUCUUCUGAUGGUUCUUGGUGCCCUGAUGACCGCUGUGUUUUGCCUCUGCUACACUGGAUUCAUUUGUAAAGGGAAGGCAACUCUGCCCAGAGUCCUCAAUGAGGUUCUGAGCCAAGGCUUCACCCUAACACCAGAGAGGACGAUCCCUGACGAGAUCUCCAUCGUUGCAGAGAUGGAGAAACGGAAGAGGCACCACAAUCCACCAGUUCCUCAAACUGCCACCAGGGGCACUGACUCGUAUGAUGAGGAGGAGGAGGAGGAAGAAGAAGAGGAGGAGGAAGGGGAGGAGGAAGGGGAACAAGUCUACAUGGACGGAGGCGCAGAGCUUUUCUCGGAGGAAAUUUCCUGCCAGGACUCUGUUGAUGUGUCCGGGAACAGCAAGGUGUCUGCGUCGGGGGUCUUCGGGAGACGUGGGGGGCUCGAGGCUCAAAAUGAGGCCAAAGCUGAAGGAACAGAGGGUUCAGUCCCAGAUAAGGUGAAGGAGGAUAAGAAUGAGGAGGUGGUGGGUAAGAGCUCAGGCAAUAUCAAUCUGUUCUCAGUCACCCUCGCAGCACCGGCUGUAUGUGAGGAAGAGGGAGGAGAGCAGAAUAGAAGAGAAGCUCUCUCAGACCUUGUGAAACGGUCCGAUCUGGAGCCGCUACUGCCCACUAAGUCCAAACGGACUCUGAACGGCACGGACUCGCUCGCGGAGUCCAAUGAUCGGACAGCUGUGGCAUUAAUGUCAGCUGCACAAGAAUACUUUACUGAGGGUGGCUAUGAAGCCAAACAUAUCACCACUUUGUCUGGCUGUCUCAGUUCCUCUGAUGGAGAAAUGCAGGAGGAGGAAGAAGAAGAAGAAGAGGAGGAGGAGGAAUUUUCUGGAUAUAUGGGACACAGGUGAUAUGUUUCUGUGACAGAUCACACUCAUACACAUAGAACACAUUCUGUGUUCUUUGUGUAUGAGUAUCAUUAAUGUAUACCUUCCAUGCAAGUACAUUCCUACUUAAUUGAGAACAAAAUAUUUAAAUGUAGCACUGCCUUCAGUUCAGUUUUGUUUUUUUACCAGUAAACAAAAUGAGACUGC